AUGUUUAGACCAGAAAUAAGUCUAGCAAAUGUAGAGCUUUUGCAAAGACUGCGAUUGGAAAAGUGUGCUAUCUAUGAAACGACAUAUUCAGCCACAUUUAGGGACAAUCAUGAAAGCACAAGAUGUCCGGCUACGUAUACUUCAGUCAAGAGGUUAAUUGAGCGAUUAUUUAACUUUGCCUUCCGUUCAGAGAGAAAAGCUACCAAACACUUCUUUCUCCAAAGACUGGAGGACGCAAUAAAACUCCAUCGUGAUGACCAAGGACAAGCUGUUAUAAAUCCCGCCUCUCUAGCUCUGUUUGCCACAAGUUCUAGAGAUGGAAACAAAAUUCGUAACAUAAGAGAGGCGAAUGAUCCAUGUCUGCGGAAACGUAGCUAUUUAAAAGGAGGAACAAAACGAAACCUCACAGCUCUAGAAGAUUCGUAUGGUCUGGGGGACCAGUCUAUUCAGUUCACAGUUCCAACCACAUCUCCCCUUAACGAUGUCAUCUGUCCGGGCGUGGCUGGGCUCCCCUUAAAAAUUAUACUUGGUGUAAAACCAGUGGCAAAUUCAAAGCCAACCUCAGCGGCAACGACCAAAAUUACGGCAGCUACAGUGAAACUGACUCCUUCCGCUGUCAAAACUGCAGUGACAGCAGCUAAGGCAGUAGCUGCUAAGGCUGUGGCUAACUCUAAGGCUGUUCAAGCUGCCAAAAAAGCAGUUGCUGCAGCAAAAGUAGCGGCGGCUAAUGCUGCUGCAAAAGCGAAAGCAGCUGCGAAUGCAAAGAAGGUGGCAGCUGCCAAGGCAACGGCAGCAGCGGCGGCAGCUUCCAAAGCUAAAGCUGCCGCAGCUGCUAAGGCACAAGCUGCCAUCAAAGCAGUGGCAGUAGCUAAGGCUGCAGCAGCUGCGAAAAGUGCAGCUGCUGCUAAAGCUCUAGCAACAGCAAAAGGAGCAUCAGCAGCCAUAGCAUCAGCAGCGGCAAAAAAAGCAAACGCUGCUAAGGUAGCAGCAUCAACUGCAGCUGCCGCCGCCAAGGCUCACGCGCAAAAACAACAAAAAGUAGCGCAGGUAGCCAAAACAACAGCUGCGGCAAAAAUGGCUGCUAAUGCCAAGGCGCAGGCAGAAGCCAAGGCGGCAGCAGCUGCUGCCAAUGCAGUGAAAGCCAAAGCGGCUAAUGCAGCAAAGGCUGCAGCGAAAGCUAAUGCAGCAGCGAAAGCAAAAGCUGUAUCAGCCGCCAAGGCAGCAGCCGCAGCAAACAAAGCAGCAGCAGCUAAAAAUAAAGCAGCAGCCGCAGCAGUGGUAGCCAACGCUAAGGCGUCUACAGCAAAGAACGCAGCAUCAGUCGCCAAGGCAGCAGCCCAGGCUAAAGCGGCUCAAGCAGCUAAGGCAGCUGCUGCAGCCAAAUCCGCCGGUAAGCCAACAGUGGCUCCGACAUCUUUGGCGACCCCAUCAGUGACGUCGUCUGCAACUGGAGUGAAAGCGGCAACAAAGCCGACCUUGUCUACAAAGCCUGGAGCCGGUGGCACCACACCUACAACAGCCGCUACCGCCAAACCAGGGUCGUUAACGUCGGUUGGAAAUAAACCAGGUUCUCGUCAGAAGUCGUUCAAUGCAGUAGUGAGAUUACCUAGUGCUGCACACAAGCCUGUACUCAACAAUAAAAAAUCAGCACAGUUCAAGACACUGUCAAAGAACCUCUGUAACAAGUUAAAGUCAGCUAUUCAGGGAGGUAAAGCUGUUAAAGAAUGCAAUGUUCAAAGUUUUCGUCCCGGCAGUCUCUUGGUAGAUUUCUACUUGAGGUUCUUAAACACCAUACCUAACCCCGUGCAGCUGUUACUAAACUUACUGAAAACUGGAUUUAUGGGAGGAAUUCCAGUUGAUAAAUUACCACUGAGGCUGUACAAUGGGACAGGAGUUAAGUUUCCACCUGGUUUCUCAGGCUGCAAACCCGCGGGGUGCCCAGUUCCUUGCACACCUCCUACAUGCAGCAUUGCUUGCUCGACUGGGAUUCCGUGUAGUCCUCCUGCGAUUAUUCAACCGGUCGCUCCAACUCCUCAGGUCAUUGUGGGUCCCACAAUUCCAGCAAUACCUGUUUCUUAUCCCGCUUCUCCUGUCUACGCUCCAGCACCGGCUCCUUAUCCGCCUCCUCCACCCAUGCCCUCGCAGCCGGCCUGCCCGGUGCAAUGCUUGCGGCAUGCGCCACAGUUCUGCCCAUCCUACUGUGGGCAGAGCUGCUGUAAGUCAAGUUUUCCUUCAUAUACGGGAAAGAAAACUGAAGUGGAGAGACCAAAAAGCAUCAAGUCGUUUCCAAAGGAAAGGCGUGCUAGUCAGAAGACGUAAAAAUCGACACCCGCACACAUUUGAUGGGGAAUAAUCGUAUUCCAAGAAUAUGAACAAUCAUCCAUCCCUCACUUCUCUUUUGGGAAAGCAGACUGAGAGGAAGCAAAUCAUAUUUACUAUGUAAUCAGGAAUUUAUACAUUAAGAGUUGGAAUGCGAAAGAUUAUCAGUAUGGAGGCUGAUAAUAGUUUAAUUUGUAUACUUCCCGCUCAGACAUGGUCCCCCUCGAGGGACGAGUCCACCACACAACUGCCACUCGGGUGACUGGGCUAGACAUGCACCUUCGGUAGUAGAAUUCGCAGAAAUCUAGUCAGAUCAUUUGAUUGUGAACAGGAUUGUAGAUAUACAAGGACAAAGACUUGUCAGCCGGGUGGAAGGUUUACUAACACAUAUUUAAUCAAUAAAUGCCGUUAGGCGUAAAAUUUAAUGAAUUUAACCGCUAGUCGUAAAAAAAGUUAAUCAUAAAAAUUUUUCCCAUCUACGACGCGUCAUCCAAGAAAUAAACGACCGUUCAUAAAUGUGUUUUAAGACAUUGAAAAUCAAUUGUUAACUUUUAAAAUAAUUGAUAUUAUUAUUUCACAUUUAUGUUAAUGAUACCGGAAAGUUAUUAACCAUUAGCCGUAAAAUGGCCAAGAUUUUAUCUGUUGGUCGUAAAAGCCAUUACCCCAUUGAAACCCUCUUAAAAUGUAACCAAAUUAAAGUGUAGUUCAUGAAA